AAGAACCGCGAAACAACGGAGACACGCUCCGCUAAACCGCUCGGAAAGGAAGACACACCGCGUAAAGGAAGGGAAUGGAGAGUGAAAGCAUAUACUCCGUCCUCUCCAACAUCGCGAGACACGCUUUAUUUCAUUUGGAAGGAAAUGCUAUCGACUUAGAAAUAAGAUAGAAUAACAAUUCCAUUGUCUGGAGACAGAAGUUCUUGCUUCCUUCCGGGAGAACUGCCCAUAGGAAACCGUGGAAAAAGCGAGGAAUUUAGUUUAUCUGUAACUGCGAAGCCGCCUGUUCCUUAGCCUCACAAAAUCCAGUGACAGGAGGUCAUGCUGUUUCUUACUGAGGUUUUAUUCUGUGUGGAAUAUGUAACUUCCCAGGAAGACGAAAAUGGCUACUAGAGAUGACUCAGAAACUUGACGCUAUAUGUGAGUUUUUCGUAUGAGUCUAUGAAAGAACCAGCUCUCCCGCGGGGCUCCUUUGAGAUCGGGAUACGAAGACGUCCACUGCUCUCGCGAGAGCUCGGUUACUUCCUGAUGCAAGAAAUUUUUGCCCCGAAAUUCUGGAGCAGCAGGCAGAAAGCGUAACUUUGGUCUUAUAGGUGUUUGAGGAUCCAUGUUUCAUUGUACUAGGCAUGUGUGACAAUCUGACAGACAACUGGCAUGCUGGAGAUAGAUGCCUUGCUCCUUUUCCUGGAAAUGGGAAGCUUUGUGAAGCCACAGUAAUAUCCCUAGAAACAGAUGAGAAUGGGGAAUGUUUUGCAGUUGUUUCUCUUUGCGGAGCUCAAGAAAAGAAAAUACCAUUAAGCAAACUCUGUAGGAUCAAAACUAGUAAAGAUGCACUGAAGAACUUAAUAUUUGAUGAUGAAGAUUUGGAAAAGCCGUAUUUUCCUGACAGAAGACUUCCCUCACCUGCAGUUGCUUUUGAGCUGUCCAAAGAUGGGAAUUGUAUCCCUUAUACAAUUAAUAGAUAUCUACGUGAUUAUCAAAGGGAAGGUGCCCAAUUUUUGCAUGAACACUAUGCUCAUCAAAGUGGAUGCAUUCUUGGAGAUGACAUGGGCCUUGGGAAAACAAUACAGGUUAUUUCAUUUCUGGCUGCGGUGUUGCACAAAAAGGGGACACGUGCGGAUAUUGAAAACAACAUGCCAGAAUUUUUGCUAAGAACAAUGAGAAAAGAAAUGCCAUCUGUUCCAAAGAAAUUUUUCCUGAUUGUGGCGCCUCUUUCUGUGCUGUAUAAUUGGAAAGAUGAACUGGAUACCUGGGGCUAUUUCAAGGUUAUAGUUUUGCAUGGCAAUAGAAAAGACUAUGAACUGAGUCGCAUCAAGCAAGGAAAAUGUGAGAUUGCGCUAACAACUUAUGAGACGCUUCGGUUGUGUUUGGAUGAACUUAACAGCCUAGAGUGGUCAGCUAUCAUUGUAGAUGAAGUGCACAGACUCAAGAAUCCAAAAGCUCAAAUAACUCAGACUAUGAAGGCUCUAACAUGUAAGGUCAGAAUAGGACUUACCGGGACUAUUCUGCAGAACAAUAUGAAGGAACUUUGGUGUGUUGUGGACUGGGCCAUACCAGGACUUCUGGGCAGUGAAGCACAUUUCAGGAAAGAAUUUUCUGACCCAAUAGAGCAUGGUCAGAGGCACACCGCAACGAAAAGAGAGCUAGCUACAGGCCGAAAGGCUAUGCAGAGACUAGCCCAAAAAAUGUCUGGCUACUUCUUAAGGCGCACAAAGACUCUUAUUCAUAAUCAGUUACCGAAGAAGGAAGACAGAAUGGUAUAUUGUUCUUUGACGGAGUUCCAGACAGCAGUUUAUAAGGCUGUGUUGGAGACAGAAGAUGUACAUUUAGUGCUACGAGCGCAAGAACCAUGUAGCUGUAACAGUGGCCAUAAAAGGAAGAACUGUUGUUACAAAGCAAAUGCUCAUGGUGAAACCGUGCGGGCAUUGUAUUUCAGUUACUUGACCAUCCUUCGUAAGAUUGCUAAUCAUACUGCACUGUUACAAACAGACAACACUAGUAAACAGCAGGAAGCCCACAUCAAGAGGGUGUGCAGCCAAGUAUUUCCCAAGUUCCCUGAUUUUGUGCAGCUUAGCAAAGAUGCAGCCUUUGAAACUAUUUCUGAUCCAAAGUUUAGUGGAAAAAUGAAGGUCCUUCAGAAACUUUUAAAUCACUUCAGAAAAAACAAGGAUAAAGUUCUGCUUUUUUCUGUUUCAACCAAGCUGCUUGAUGUGCUGGAACAAUAUUGUAUGGCAUCUGGGCUAGAUUACCGAAGACUCGAUGGAAACACAAAGGCAGAGGACAGGGUCAGGAUAGUAAAAGAGUUCAACAGCAUGGAAGAAGUUAACAUUUGCCUCGUUUCUACAAUGGCUGGCGGACUGGGUCUCAAUUUUGUUGGUGCUAAUAUAGUUAUACUGUUUGACCCAACAUGGAAUCCAGCUAAUGAUCUUCAAGCCAUUGACAGAGCUUACAGAAUUGGCCAGUGUAGGGAUGUGAAAGUAUUUAGAUUGAUCUCUUUGGGGACUGUGGAGGAGAUGAUAUAUUUACGGCAAGUUUACAAACAGCAACUGCAUUGUGUGGUGGUGGGAAGUGAAAAUGCCAAGCGAUAUUUUGAGGCAGUGCAAGGGUCAAAACAACAUCAAGGAGAACUUUUUGGUAUUCACAAUCUUUUCAAGCUUCAGGACCACGGAUCCUGUCUUACAAAAGACAUUCUGGAGAGAGAGGGCCAAGUGGAAGCUGGUGUCAUGACUACCACUACAUGGUUAAAAGAAGAAUCACAGCCUCAUGGCUUAGAAAGGUAUGAGGAUCAAGACACUGCAGGCUCCACUGAACCACUGAAAAAGGAAGAGUUUGAUUGUAUCAGUGACUUUAGUGAUGAGGAGCCUGUGAGAAAUUCUAAGGUGAAAAUGAGACGAAACAGAUCCUGCAACACAAAAAAUACUGGAGUUCCAUCGGGGCAACUUACUUUACUACAAUGUGGAUUUUCUAAACUGCUAGAAAAGGGAACUAAAAUUAUUGAGAAGGGCAUUGAUGCUUCAGAUCAUGAAAGUGUUGAGGGUAAAUCCGUGGAGCAAAGAGCUAAAGGAAGCUCCAAAAGUGGUUGUUUCCCAAAAACCCAGGACCAGUGUAGCAAUUCAGCACAAAGCUCAGUGUCACCAGUCAGAACUGCAAAACAAGAGCUGAAUAGUAAAAUUGCAAAUGAUGAUGAUCCUGUUUCACCAGACACUGAAGAAGAAAUGGACAAUGAAAAUGAAUACAAAGAUCUGUAUGUUUCCAGUCAAGUCGAGGUGGUUAUGGAGACUGAAGACAGUUCAACUGAAAGUGAUGAUAUUAUCUUUCCUUCCCAAGUGCAUACUGAUCAGGAAUCUGUUAAAAGCUAUAAAAGUGUAACAAUAAAUCUUGAGUGUUUAGAUGCAGAAAAAAGUACUGCUUUUAAACCUUUGCAAAAAUAUUUCACUUCUGAGCAGAGUUCUAGAACUGUGUCGCCUUUCAGCAAAAUAAAAUCAUUUGAUGACAUCCAAAAGUUCACAGCGAGGAAGGAAGCAGGUGACAUUAGUGAUGAAUCAGAUGAUAUUGAGGUGUCUCCGCAGUUCAGAUCAGGAAAGCAAAAAGCUGUCAACAAGGUGAAACACAAAAUAUUCCAUAGCAGGGAGAUCAGUAAUAGUUCCAGAACCUUUCUUCAUGGAAGCAAUUCAAAGACAGGAGAAAACAUAGAAGAGUUCUCAUCACCAGAAGAUAUAUCAUCAGUUAGGAAGGAGGACCAUAAACAAAGACAAAGGUUUCAAAAUGACAGAAAUAAAAUUACUUUUGAGCCCAAAUUGCCAAGACAUAGUAAGUGGGCUUCCGUUACACUGAGAAAACGAAGUAAUUCCACGGAGUACCAGAACUCUUCCAGCACACAAACAUUUGCAAGCCAAGGAGAAAAAGUGGGAUCACUGGACAGACUUCUCGAUGGUGUUGCAGAAGUGUCAUAUGUUCAUUCGAACCAAAAUGUGGUUGGUUCCAGCAAGGCUGAAAAUCAGAUGAGUCGGUGGGCAGUGCGAGAUGUUUUUGAACUGCAGCAGUUUUCUCAGCUUCCUGCAAAUGUAGCAGUAUGCAGUGCCAAGAAAGGUAGUAAGACUCCAGAAGAAGCUUUAUCAAGAAGGAAGAGGAUCAAGGAUAAUUCAGGGUGUGAAACCAGCAAGCUUCCUGUUCUUUACAUUUCACAUCCUGUAUGUCAGAAGCAGAAGAAGAUUCAUCAAAUAGGCUCAAUGACUUUUCUGAUCGGAAAGACACCCAAAGGAAUCCGCAGGAAACAAUUUGAGGACAUUGCAACUCAUUUUCAUAUGGCUUCAGUGGAAGAACUUGCAAGGCAUAUAGCCAAAGCUACAUCUGAAGAGAGACAGAAAAUGUUGAAAGAAUUUUAUGGCACAAAAUAUCCUGAGUUAAAGGACUUGUUAAAAAUUGAUGUUCCGGUUUCCGUUUCAGAAGUAAGUGAGGAAGGGGAUGUGCACCCAAGCCAGUCAAGAAAAAGAAAGUCCAUUUCUAAACAUGGAAAGUCAAAGUCUGAUCCUUCAGGAUCUCAAUAUUUUCUCUGUAGAACUGCAAAUCUAAGUGGCCCAAAAAGAUACGAAGCAAAAGCAAGGCAAAUUCAAGAUGGUCCCUGCAUACAGGCUGCUGAGUGUCAUAAUGUGGAAGAUAAACAGGUGCCCACGGUCGUCAUUCAAGAUAGCAUUAGUGGAAGAAACAGUCAGGCAUUUAAAGACUUUAUGGCAUCUGACUCAUUAGGAGGUAAAUCAGGAAUGAUUGAGAGGCUGUCUGCAAAUACUACUAUUGGACAGCAGAACCUGAAGGGCACAGAGCUGCCAGGAAAACCUUUUCUGUCUCAGUCAGAAAGCAGACAGGCUCAAAUGGGCAAGAAAAACUCUUUUGCAGACGUAUUAGGAGACACCUCUAUUUUAAAUGACCUCUUCCAAAGUAAUGCAAAUAGACCGACAGAGCUGCCCAGGAGGUCCCUCUCUGGGCCUGUGGAAAAAGCAAAAACACGUUCAAGAGACUUCUGGGACAUGUUGAAUGAACAGAAUGAGGAGAGUAUCCAAAAACUCACAGACGUGGCUGUCAUAGAGGAGCUGUGUGAAAGAGCUCCCCUUGUCGCUUUGUCAAAGAAGGCAGAAGAGGACAAGAAGUCUCUCUGGAAGAAAAAUGACAAUUUUUUAUGGAAGAAAUAUAACACAACUGACACCGAUGAUGAAUUGUCAUCUGGCACAAGAUGUGAUGUCUAAAUAUGAAAUGAAGAAAACAAGAGGACAUGUCCACAGGGGCUAUAAAAGAUUAUUAUUAUUUAAUUCUUGGAAUGGGUCCAACACAUUGCAACUCCUUCAAAAGAAAGCAGGCUUUCUUGUUGUUUUCAGAAACUUUUUAAUCUCUUCCUAAAAAGAGGUAAGCCUGUUCUCUUUUGAAGGAACUGCAAAAGGAAGAUACUCUUGCAAAAGUGCUGAAGAAGCUCAAAGCAUGUUGGGUCAAUAUCAAGAACAAAAGUAAGGGGUUUGCUGUUGCACCUGUUGAUCUUGCCUCUGUUGAUCUGAUGUACACUUCUGGCCUAAAUACAGAAGUCUUAUGUUCUAUUAUAUUUAAUCAGCUGUAGAAAGUAUUUGGGCAGGAGCCUUCGCUCUACAAGGAUGUAGCAAAGAAUGAUCCUCAUGAGACUCCUCAGAAGUUUGCACCUCUACCACCUGGCUACAAGGAAUGGGAAGUCCGUGCAUUCCUCUCAUCUCCCUUUCUAUCCUCUCCUUUCCAGUUUGUUCAGGUUGAGUGUCCUGCACACUCAUUGAGCGGGGAGGUGAGAAACAGAGUUCUGUUGAACCAUAUUGGGAUCCCUCUGUGCACAGGUGCUGCAGUAGCCUUGCCCAAGGAGGGACUAUAUUCUUAAUUUUUUGAUGUGACCUGUUGACCUCUGGACAUACACAUUUUUCUGUCAUAUUUUCUGAAGUCAACAAGACAGAAAUGAUGGUGGAAAUGUGGGUGAUAGCAUAACUGCAAACGCGAUUGGAAUUGCACUGAACUAGGUUAUGCUUGGAACACUUUCAGAUAUCACAAGAUCAAAGCAAAGUUAAUUACAUUAGAACAAAAAUUUCUCCAACUCAAAUGUUAUGAUAUCUUGAGAGUACUUAUCUCAUGAUAAGCUAAUUUGGCAGCUACUAAGAUGACUGGCAUAAGAAAUCAUGCCAUAGUUGUCAAGGAGAAAGUAUCUUCAAAUAUCACAAAAUUAUCUUGCAAAAGGAAACUGAGCAAGAGCGAAUAGUUGUACACUGCUAAUUUUUGAUAUCUGAAAGUAUUCUGGAAGGUAUAGCAAUUCAACUGGGAUUACUUGAAAUACAAGGAGUAUGUAAGAAUGUAUAACUUUAACAGUACACUCCUGUAGAACAUGCAUCACUUUCUCCCAUGUCAGCCUGAAACUAAAGCUUGAAGGUAUGAAUUUCUGGAUUUAGCAGUAUAGUUAUUGGAGUUCUGCCACUUUUUAUUGGGAUUAUAAAUAUUUAAUUGUAGUGUUUUAAAUGAAAGACAAGAAAAGAAAACAUACUUGCUGACAUCCAGGGCAGCAUUAGAAGGGCAUUGCAGGAUCUAUGCUCAGGGCUACUCAGGUGAAGGCUUGUUAUGCAGCAGUGCAUAUGAACAGGUGGAAGGGUGGGUGAUUUUUGCUGCUCUCCCCUCCAUCCAAAAAUGUUCUUUGCCUUCCAGGAAUAUGUUGCUGAGGGCUGCACAACCUCAGGAACAUGUUCCUGGAAACCCAAAAGCAUUUUCGAAAGGAGGGGAGAGGAGUAAAAAUUUCUUCCCCUUCCCUCCUGUGCACACUCUGCUACUUGACAGUGCCUUGGCUGAGCUCAGAGCAGCCCUUGCUGUGAGGGUGCAGAACCUGUAACUCCUUCCUAACACUGCAGUGGAUGUCAGCCACUGUGCUUAUUUCAUUCAUCCUAAUUUUAAAAUGGGUAAUCUGAAAUCAUGCCUGGAUUAUCCUGCUUGUACAUAUGUAGCACCCUUAUAAAGUAUGGGUGGUGAACAGUAUUUGAGGCUACUUGAAAACAAGAAAUCAGUAAUGAUUAACACUCUGCAUCAAUCAGCUUUUUGGUUUCUAGCAGAGCGUUUAAACAAUUAUUUGAUAAAUAUAUCUAACAGAUAUAAUUGGAAUACUGAAUUCCAAUUUGUUCACAGGCUAGCAGACAUUGUUAAGCUUUUGAAAGACAUUCGUGCAAGACUAAUGAGUGGAAACCACACAGAAGUUUUGGCUUGGUGGAUUUCACCUCCUUCACUGUCCACUUUGUUGAAUUCAUUAGCAGUCGAUUGUAGCUCAGAGUCACCAUGUGGCAUUCAGUAGUCUUCAUGUGAGCUGCUGCUAGUCUAAGUAAUUGCUUAAGUGCACAUCACCAACUUAGUAGUUGUGAGCUGCCAGGUAGUUAUGCCCGAAGAAUGGUGGAUUACUAUGAAACUUUAGCAGAUCUGAAGUUAUUGCAAGCAUUUUAUCUGAAAAUAAAAUUACUUUUAUACCCUA